UGCGGAGCGGCCGCCGCGGCGAGCGCGGCCUGCGCGCAGCGUCCUGGGCAAGUCCCUGCUCCGGCACCGCUCCGGUGCCGACACCGCCGGCAGCAUCAUGUCCCGCCCGCGGCCCGCGCCGCGCCCGCGGCUGCUGCCGCUCCUGGCGCUGCUGGCGCUGCUAGCGCCCCGCGCCCGCGCCUGGGACAGCGGCGACCUGGAGCUCUUCGACCUGGUGGAAGAGGUGCCGCGGAACUUCUACGACUUUCUGGGGGUUCAGCAGGAUGCUUCAUCUGCAGACAUUCGGAAAGCAUAUCGAAAGCUUUCACUGGUUUUACACCCAGAUAAGAAUAAAGAUGAAAAUGCGGAAACACAGUUUAGGCAAUUGGUGGCCAUCUAUGAGGUUUUAAAGGAUGAAGAAAGGAGGCAGACGUAUGAUGAUAUUCUGAUCAAUGGACUACCAGAUUGGCGACAGCCUGUAUUCUACUACAGGCGGGUGAGAAAAAUGAGCAAUGCUGAGCUGGCAUUACUCUUGUUCAUUAUACUCACAGUGGGUCAUUAUGCUGUGGUUUGGUCAAUCUACCUGGAAAAACAGCUGGAUGAACUGCUUAGCAGAAAAAAGAGGGAGAAGAAGAAAAAACCAGGCAUCAGGAGUACAGAUGAAGCCAAACUUGCUGCUCUAGACAAAAAUGAAAGAAUACUGGACAAACCACAAUGGCAUGACUUACUUCCAUGCAAGCUGGGAAUAUGGUUCUGUCUCACAGUGAAAGCUUUACCUCAGCUAUUCCAGGAUGCCAGACAAUUAUAUGUAGAAUAUAAAGAAACAAAAAUGAAGGCGAAAGAAGAUGCCCUGGCUAAGGCUGAACUUGAAACACUUCAGAAGGAGAAGAAACCUAAAGUCAAGAAACCGAAAUUAGAAUUCCCUGUGUACAUGGCUCUGGAAUCAAAUACUUAUAUACCAUCAUAUGAUCAUGGAGCUUCAAUUGAAGAGAUUGAGGAACAGAUGGAUGAUUGGCUGGGAGGCAGGAACAGGACACAAAAGAAGAAGGCACCUGAAUGGACAGAGGAGGACCUGAGCCAGCUGACAAGAAGUAUGGUUAAGUUCCCAGGGGGGACCCCCGGUCGAUGGGAAAAGAUUGCUCACGAAUUGGGUCGAUCAGUGGCAGAUGUUACCAUGAAAGCCAAACAACUGAAGGAUUCUGUUACAUAUACACCAGGUACCAUCAGGCUCUCCGAGCUUAAAACGCUGGCCCAUUCCAAAAAUGUCAAAGUCAACGUGAAUUUGCCAGAUCACAUAAUCACCCAGCGAGAAAGGGAGGAGGAAGAGGAGGAGGAGGAGGGGAACUACUGUCAUAUACGAGAGCAGAUGGAUGUCCAGACAGAUCCAAAGGAGACCAUUGGAAGUGAAACCAGACACCGCAAACGCAGAAUUGUCAAAGCACCUGAAGUGGCUCUGCUGGCACUGGAAGAGAAGGGCAGAGGGAGACGUCAGAGAGAUUUUGAUAACACUGACCAAGAGGAGGAGAGUGAUGAUGAGAUCAGAAAAAAAGAGAAAAGCCGUGCCCCAGAAGAACUGUGGACUCAAAACCAACAGAAACUUCUUGAAAUGGCCUUGCAGCAGUAUCCAAAGGGAACAUCGGAUCGCUGGGAUAAAAUAGCAAAAUGUGUUCCUGGAAAAACCAAGGAGGAGUGUAUAGCAAGAUACAAGUUGCUCGUUGAACUGGUACAAAAGAAAAGAAUGGCUAAAAGCUGACUGUGGUGAGCAGAAGAGAUGUAGCUCAUCUUUGUCAAAGUUUUAAAUGUCAUAUGCAGGAAACUGCAUUUUUGUACCUCAGUAUUUCUAUACGUCAUGUGCCUUAGUAAAAGAAAAUAUUAAUAAAUCUUAUACCAUCUUA